GAGGCGGAGCUCCGACAAACCACAACUAUUUCUCCUGCUAAAUCUUGUGUGUCCGGAGUCUGCGUGCACACUGAGGUACAUCGGAGUUGUGCGUCUUCCUUCCCCUCCUAUACAUUUCUCCGUCCAGGAAUACAAAAAGUGAUGCUUUACGGUGACCGGCUGUACACAGAGGCAGAGGACGACAAGCGGUGACUCGAUACCCCGUUUCACUCUCUUCCCAGGAGUAUUUUUCUCCUUUUUCCCCCUAUUUUUCUAGUUUCGGCUUGAAGAAGACGCUGUGGUUUGCGUUGUUUCCCCCUCACGUAAUGUCGGACCGUUUUUAACAAAAAACACAAACUUUUCUGUCUCCAAUGCGGGAGAGGAGGAAACAUUUUCCGAGUGGGUUUUGCUACUUUGUGUUUGUUUGUUUUGCUCCAGAAGGGACUGUGAACGGUCGCGUUUCAGUUCGGGAAUGACUCACUCUUCGCCGUAGCUCCAUGUAAAUCCUUUUUUUGUUGUUUUCCCCGGUCGUCCGGCUCUUCGCCCAGCGGACUCUCUGCCGUUGCUACUGGAUAUACACGAGCACGUCUGCGCAGUACUUUGCUGUAAAUGGAGCGCCAGUCCAGUUUCAUUUCCAUUUGGCUACAACUGGAGCUCUGCGCCAUGGCGGUUCUUCUUACCAAAGGAGAAAUACGGUGUUACUGCGAUGCGCCCCACUGUGUGGCUACCGGGUACAUGUGCAAGUCGGAGCUAAACGCCUGUUUCACAAAGGUUCUGGACCCGCUCAGUGGGAACUCUCCUCUCACCCACGGCUGUUUAGACCCCAUCGCAAACGUGGCCGACAUCUGCAGCUCCGGGGUUGCCGACGUCCUCGCCGGGGCCUCCGCGCUGGACUGUUGCCACGACGACAUGUGUAACUACAGAGGCCUGCACGACCUGGGGCACACCAGGGACUCAACAGAUCACAGCCGGUACCAGCCGGACAGCAGCAACAGGAACCUGGUGACCCGGGUCCAGGAGCUGGCCUCGGCCAAGGAAGUGUGGUUCCGGGCGGCGGUGAUAGCUGUCCCCAUCGCCGGUGGCCUCAUCCUGGUGUUGCUGAUCAUGCUGGCGCUGCGGAUGCUGCGCAGCGAGAACAAGCGGCUGCAGGACCAGCGGCAGCAGAUGUUGUCGCGACUUCACUACAGCUUCCACGGCCACCACACCAAGAAGGGCCACGUGGCCAAGCUGGACCUGGAGUGCAUGGUUCCAGUCACGGGCCACGAGAAUUGCUGCCUGACCUGCGACAAGAUGAGGCAGGCCGACCUGGGCAACGACAAGAUCCUGUCUCUGGUGCACUGGGGGAUGUACAGCGGCCACAGCAAGCUGGAGUUCGUAUGACUCCCACUGGGAGUCACGUGACUGUCAGAACUUUAAAGACAUUCCCAUGUUGGUUUUUUCGUCCGUCUUGUUCUUUUCAACCAGUGGCGGAAAAAAAUACGAGACUGAUUUCAUGCCGUGUGUUUUUUUUUUUUUUUUUUUUGCUAGAGGAGCACUUUACUUGAAAUAAUGAAAGGCAAAGCAAUGAGGAGCUGUAUUUAAAAGUGGAGAAGGGCAGAACUGAGGUGGAGCAAGAGCUCCGUCACUGCUCCGGAGGAUCCUGGACAUUUAUACUGAGCGCUGAAGGAUUCCAAAUCUGUCUUAUUUGCACAUUUGUAAAGAAAAAAAAAAAAACGCCCCGAAAAAAAGUUUUUUCAAACCAGAUUUUUACACUGACGCCAGGGUACAACAAAUGAACUUGUUUGAGGAGUAAAAAAGUGUUUUCUCUCUCUCUCUCUCUCUGCUUGAUUGUGAGCGUGAAAGACAAAAACUUCCAUUAAAAUGACUUUUAUUUA